AUGGCCGCGGUCCGGGCGUUGCGGGGCCCGGAGGCGCUGGCGGGACCCGGCGGGACCCACGGGGCGUUCGCCUCUCGCACGGGGCUGCUGCGGGCGCUGAGGGCUCCUCCAGCCUGCCCGCCCCGGGACGUCUCCUCUCCCGGCUUUACCCGCCUCAGCCGGGCCGUUACCCAGCGCGCUGCCGCCCGCUUGGCCCCAGAGCAGCGGUGCUUGCCCGGGGUGUGCCCGAGAUUUAGAGUUGCUGCAGAUGAGGCUUAUUUGGAGGGGACAACCCCAGGCUUUGCGGUCUGGGACUCCUGCAGGACUGCAGGGGCAGAAGAGAGUGCGAGCAGCCAGGACUCUGCUGGCUCUGUGCUGCUGCUUAGAGCUGAGUCGAACACCCUUGGUGGCAGGAACAAGGACAGCAUUGGAACCCCCUUCACCCUAAACGCCCUCAGGACCGUAGCACUUCCCCAGGGUUUGCAGGAAGCCGAGCCGCCUCCCCGGCACAGCGGUGCUCGGAGCCCCGUGCUGCGGGGGCUGGCGGGCGGCACUGCCCGCGCUCGGCGCACGGAGCGGUGCCACCGGGGAACGGGGAGCGGGCACCGGGUCAGGGCUGGCCGCUGCCCCGGGACAGCACCUGAGCACAGCCCGGCCGGACGGCAGUGGGGAGAGCGCUGCCCCGCCGGGGCGCUUCUGGCGGGGCCGGGCCGGCACCGCUUCCCCUCGGGGCCCCCGGCCCCGCCGAGCGCCCCAUCGCCUCGGCCCUUCCCUCCGCAGAGCGCCGGCCGGCCGUGCCCGCAGCCGGACUUCGCCGGGGGCUCGGGCUGCGCUUGGCCCUGGUCCGCCCCCGCCGGGGUUUCCAAGGAGACCUGGGCCGCCGUCUGCGCCGCGGAGCCGCCGCACAGCCAGGGCCGGCCGCAGGGGCUCUCAUCCGCAGGCCAGGUCUGCAGCCCGCUGCUCCGUGCCCAGGACGCGGCGUGGCAGGGCGACCAGCUGUCCUCCCAGCUCUACAGAAACAAGCAGCUUCAAGAUACUUUGCUUCAGAAGGAAGAGGAACUUGCUAGGUUACAUGAAGAAAAUAAUAACCUCCGACAAUACCUGAAUUCUGCCCUGAUUAAGUGUUUAGAAGAAAAAGCCAAGAAACUACUGUCUGACCAUGGGCAAAAAACCUGUGCUAUCCUCAAAAGUACCAAGAGGAGAUUAAAAGAGGACCACUGCUUUGUUCCUCAAGAAACUCCUCAUGCUUCCAAAGCUAGAAGGAACCUCUUCAAUGAAUUCACUGCCUGCGAGGAGCAAGCCAGCCCUGCUGUGGACAGCUGGGUCUUGCAGACCUUAGGAUUAAAAGAUGUGAACACCAUUGAUGAAGCUUCAGCUAACUACAGUGCCCUGUCCCCAGACCUUGGGAAAGACACGUACUGCCUGAGCCCUGGGGGAGCAGCAGACUGUGAGCACAGGGAAGGAGCAGCAGCAGUGUUCAGCUGCAGCCAUGAGCCCCCAGGCAGCAGCAGCACCCAUCCAUGCAGCCAGGAUUCUCCCUUCCUUCCUCAGUUUUCUUCAGCACCAUGCAUCUCCUCACCAGUGCCGAGUGUUUCCUCCCUCCCAGCCUAUGGGUUGCCUUAUUGGACUGGUGGUUUGUCACCCAACAGAACAGAAGUGGCCUUCACCACGUGCCUGAGUCCCCACCGCAACGUGAGGACGCACAGCUUCCACCAGGGACAGGCCUUCGUGCGCAGGGACGACGAUGGCGGCUGGAGGUUCACCUGGGUGCCCAAGCAGCCUGAAUGAUGCACCUGGCCAAGGGCCAGCCAUAGAGGAUGGAGGAGUCACACCUCACCUUGUGCAUCAGACAGAAAAAGGGACCCCUUUUGGGCUGCUUUAAAUGCUACCCUGUCACUAACCCACUCCUCAUUCCCUCACAGAUUUUCACAGAUCUGACUCCAGAUUGCACUUGAACAGUUUUCUGCCCCAGAUGUUCAAACUGGAUUCCUUUCUCUUGUGCCUGUAUUCAGAUACCUGCUUUUGCUUCUUUCCUGGGGGUUUGUCAUCAGCUCCUCCUUGUUACUGGUAGUUUCCAGGCUGGAGGACUUUCACUUUUGAUGAUCACUUUCACAUGCACCAAACAGGAAAGCACUUUGGGAAUACACCUCUCUCCCUUUGGAAAUAGCACCUAUCUCACAGAUAUCCACAGAUAACAAAGGAGGUAUAGGUUGGAGGCUGAGGAUCAGCAGUUUCUAAGUGAUUUAUAUCUCUCUUGAGACAGAUAGCCUUGGAUUUAACAGGCACCCAUGGCUGCCUUAGGUGCAGCACAAGGCUGGCCUACCUGCAGUUCCAUGGUGCUAUCACGUUCUUUGAUGAUGCCUCAAAAUAAAAACAGGAUUUACUUCUAAUGCCUGGAGGCCACUUAGUUACAAGUGAUUCAGCAAGGUCAGGGGAUCUUCCUAAGGUGUAAUUAAUAGACUGAUGUGUUUACUAAUAUGUUUUAAAGGUAUUUUGUCUCUCAAUAAAGGGAGUUUACAUGUGGGGAGGCAGUAUCACUUAGUGGCUGGAGUGGGUCUUUGGGAACCCUAGCCUUCAAUGCCAGCUCCUGCCUCUCUGUGUCUGCCAGACUGGGAUGGGCUGAGGGUAAGACCAGCAUUACUUUGAGAAUGCUUUAAAAUUCUCUAAGUGAAGGUGCUUUAGCAUUGCACAGGACUCAACUGCCACUAGUGCUACUAAAUGAUAUGAAUAUUUGAGGAUACAAAGUCAAUGGCAUGAAGGAAGUUCACCAGUAACAUUUUCUGUUACCUUUGUUUUCAGUUCUACAGCAGUUUGAUGCCUAAGUAUCCAAAAUAGAUUGACUUGGUUAUUCUUGCUUUCAGAAUGGGGCCACAGACAUUGAGGAAGGACUUAAGUAAAAAUAGCCAAAACAGAGGGUUGUUUUUUUCAGUGGCUUAUUUUCAUAUAGAAAACAGGAUAUUCCUCUAUUUUUAGAGGAUAAAAAUAUCUUCUAAUAGCCUGUUGUGCCUUAGAAUUGCAAUAUUUUAGACACUCCAUCAGGAGCAGUAAUGAUUUCCCAAAGGACUUCUAAAUAAACAAACUAUAUUUCUGGGUAGUUACUUUAAACUAACUGUGGCAGACUUCCAGAACAGGCAAUAUGGAACCAUUGAUUGUAGGCAUUAUUUCACUGGAUUAAAAAGCCAACCAAACUCAAAAAACACCACAGACCCACACAACAACCACUGCAGAAGAAAACCACGACAAAAACUCACUAAAACCCAAAAAACCCAAACCAAAAAACGUUCAUUGAAUAAAUACAAGUAUUUGUUUGAAGAGCUUGCUGUAUUCUAUAAAAUUGUGGUAAAUUGAUGAAGACAAGGCCACUGUUUCUGUAGCACCUUUCUGCUUUUCAGUGAAAGCUGAAGAAAAAUCCUGUCCUAAAAACAACUCAUUUUUUUCUCAAUGUAUUUCUUUUCUAUUAUUCUCCCCUCACCCCACUAUGUAAGAGAGCAUUGAAGAAAAUGCUCCUAUCACUGGAGUUUUUGUUGAUGCAUGUGGUAGUGUAGAAAAUGCCUGAACUUAACCUGAGUAUGUGAUGGGAACCCCUGGUACAGGUGAUGUGGAGGAUGCACAGCAAGCUGGGAGUAAGGCAGUGUGGCCAGAGGACUACACCCAACACAGCUGUAGAUGCCACAUCUCUCACAGCAGCUGUAAAACAGAAGUAGAGAAACAUCUGUCUGUGUUUUCUAACACUAUAGGAUGCUAUUAUGUGUGAAUUUCAAUGCUAUGGAGUCAGCAGCACUAAUAAGUGCUUUUGUGCUACCAACAAAUCUUAAAUCAGGGCUUUUUUCUCUGAAGAGAGAGAAAAGCUUUCCAUUUUCCUGACAUUUGCUUUCCACAAUUUUAUAUCACUGCAUGUGAGAACUUCUCCUGCAGAGAGCCAGAACAAAAGUGUCAGAUCUUUGGUUUCAGUAGGAACAAACUGAUGCUUGAGCCUUUGCCAGCCUUUUGUACAGGGGUGACUGACCCUUUGUCUCAUUGCACAUAAAUUAUGAAUGUGAGGAAAUAAUUUACCUGAAUGAAUCCUCUCCUUUUCCAGUGGGUUCCUGAAUUUUACUCUAUAUGAAGGAUCUGAGUCCUGUUGGAGAGAUUUUUUUCUGAGCCUGACUUCACUGGAGUUCAUUUGGGUAGAGGAUCCCAUGGUGCUGCUCCUGUCAGCUGAUGGAUGCUCCUGAUCUGCACAUGCAGACUUAAAAUUCUGGUGUGGGCAGCUGCUUGAGCAAAGUUCUCUGUGACAAUGAUACUGCUGGGCACUGGAGCACAGGGAGCACACUGGAAAGGAAACAGAAAAAUCCCCAAAGCAUUUUAACAAGUAAGAGUGAUUUGUUUUACCCUGACACCACCAUUUGAAGCAAUAUUUCCUGAGUUACAUGAAGAAUAGAAACAGGGUUUGUUUAACACCAACCCACAGCAAGCAGAUCAGUGCAGUGAGCAAACCAUUCCUUUAGAUAAAUAUUGCCCCUAUUGCCAAAAGAAAGCCAUUGCUCAGCCUACCUCACCCUAAACUGCCUGGUUCCUCUGAAAAUCCUGCCUUCCUAGAGGUGUAAUAGGUGUGAAAAAUAAGUAAGAGGCUGAAGACAUCUCAUGGCAGAUUACUGUCACAUGGUGGGAUGUGAGGACAGUUACUGCCUGAGCUGGUGCUGGUUUGAUGAUAUGAUGAUUACCCUGCUGUGUCCCCAUGAUUUCCUUGGGCCUGGAAGCACUGAGGCUGCAUUAGCAUGGUGCAGUUCUUUGCCCUGCAGAGAUGUGGGGGAAAAGCUCUUGCUGGUACAAAGCCUAGGUGGGGCUUUGAAAUGGCUGUUCAGUCUUGUUUUGUGCUCCAUCCUCCCUGUUUGUCCUUUUGUAUCCAUUCCCAGUGGGGGAAAGAGGUUCAAAGCCACCCUGCUGCCCAUGGAAAGCAAAAAGCGGAAACAAAAUCCAGUUAUUCACACUGCCAUCACAACGAGGUAGCCAGGAGAUAGCAGAGACAAGUUUCAGCAGAGACAAGUUUCAGCUUGGUACUGUAUUUCUAAUUUCAAAAAAUCAGACAGCUGGAAACAAGAGCCAGAAGGCAAAAGUUCUGGGUUCUGAUGCUGCCUCUGAUGUCACAGUUGAUUUUUGUGCUUUGGAUUCUAUGGAAUUCACCACUGGACCAGUUUAUAGCUCUUUAACAAGACAACACAACUCUUGCUGCUGCAAACUCCAAGAAGUUCCCUCUUGCCAAGGAUCAGUACCAGGCCCAUAAAACUCUAGGAUGGGGAGCUAUGACUUGAAUGGCCAUAGGGCCCUGGGUGAUUCUUUGAGCAGCAGUGAACUCCCUUGUCUGUAAAUAUUCAUCUUGUAUUAACAUAAUUAGUUUUAUUUUUUUAUUUGAAGUUUGCUUUAUUAUGUGAAUGUAAUGUGCAGCUGCAUAGUUUAAAAUAAUCUAUGUUUCUAGAAAGGUAUACUAACAGAAAUGGAAGUUAAUUUAACACUUAAUAUGGUGAUGCUCCUGAUUUUUGUGAUUUAAAAUGGCCAUGAUGAUAUGUAAAUGUCAAUUUUACCACUGUCACUAAGUUAUGUCUAAUAAA